GUAAGGCAACAACACCUAACACGAUUCCGCCAGUUCUUAGUAAAUGAGCUGGAAGUGGCGACAGACAGAGAUGUAAAGGACAGGAUUUUCUUUGUAUCGUCACGUGAGGUGCUUGACGCUCGUUUGAAGGCUCGAGGACUUAUCAACAAACCUUAUCAGAUGGAUGGACACCAAAUGAGAGCUAUGGAAUUUGAGAUGUUCGAAAAACAGUUUGAACAGUGUAUCUCAAGAGCAGCUAUCCGAACGAAAUUCGAAGCUCAUAACCGACGAGCUCACGAAAUAAUAGCGCGUAUGCGUGCUAAUGUAGAUGUAGUUCACGGAGUAGCCUCUUUUACGAAGCAGCAUCUUGAACAGCAGUUACAGAUAAGCGCUCAAGUUUUCAAUGACUGCCGUAUGAACUUCGCGCAGUUUGAGCGUGCGUACCGUGAACAAACCGAGCGGCUCAGAGCUGAAGUGCAUUUAAAGGUGUCUGCUGACUUUAGCGAAGAAAUUAUGAGACUGGAAGCGAUCAUAGACCGCUUCAAUAUGCCAUUUAUGGAUACUACACAAGGAAUCAUUGAGUAUAAGCGGAAUCGUCAGUUAAGCCUACCUUUUGUCCAGGCACUAGCUGAGUUCACUGACAAAUGUGUUAGCUCCGAUCUAGAGGCGAGGUGUACUGGUGGUUUAAUGUCGCGCAUUUGGAAUCUUGAAAACGACAUGUUC